UUCAUCUGAGAUAAUGAAGACUGUUAGACUCAUAUCUUUUCUUAUUUUCUUCAGCUACAUUAAAUGUCAAACUCUUCAGAGAAUUUUACUAGAUGGAGCCAUGCAGAAUAUUAAAAGCCAGAAUAAUCUGGAGGAAAACUUAAGAGACAUCACUAGCAUUAUGGUUGCUCAGUUUCUUCAGAAAUCAACUUAUGAAGAAGUACAAACCGUAGUUAAGGAGCUGGUAGAUCUCACAGAGAAGUGCAAGAGCCUCCAGCCACAUGAGUCAUCUUCAGCAUGCUUUCACCAGUUGAUGACUACCUUCCUAGAGAAUAUUUGUAAAAACCAAGGAAUGGCUGACAAACAUAUGUUUUCUGAUUGUUGCAAUGUAAAUAACACAGAAAGACAAAAGUGCUUCCUGUUGUACAAAAAAGAUGAUGCAGGUUACAGUGAUAUGUUCCAAAUUCCAAAUCCUGAGCAGAUCUGUGAGAUGGACAAAGAGAAUCGAAUGCCAGUGAAGGAGAGGUACAUUUAUGAAAUAUCUAGAAAGCAUCCGUUCUUGUAUGGACCCACUAUUCUGACCACGUCUGCUUGCUAUGAAACAGCUAUUCAGUCAUGUUGCCGAGAAGAAAAUAAGACUCAAUGCUUGCAGAUGAAGCUGGAACCCAUCAGGAAAUACAUUAGAAAAAUAUCUUUGAGGCAUCACCAUUUAUGUGAAAUUCGGACUAAAUUCAACCACAAAGUAGCAAAAGCAGUGGAAUUGGUUCUGCUGACUAAAAAACAACUGAAAGCCAAUUUUUCUGAAAUUGCCAAACUCACCGUGGAUACUAACAAUCUGCAUCAGACCUGCUGUGGAGGAAAUGCAGUAGCGUGUGUGCUUGGCAGGAGCCAGCUCAUGAACUAUACCUGCUCUAAACAGGCUCUGCUCUCCAGCAAGAUCACGCCAUGCUGUGAACUGCCAAUGCCAUUCAGAGGAGAAUGCAUUAUCAACUCAGAAAAUGAUGGCAAACCUGAUCUUUCACCCCUACCACUCAGCAGGUUCACAGAAGACCCAUUUGUAUGCAAACAAUUCACUGACAAGCAAGAUGACUUCCUAGAAGAGUUUCUUUAUGAAUAUUCAAGAAGACAUCCAGAGUUGGCAGUUCCAGUGAUUUUAAGAGUGGAUACAGUAUAUCAAAACUUACUGGGAAAAUGCUGUAAAUUAGAAAAUCCUCUGGAAUGCCAUAGCCAUGGGAAACAGAUGUUCCAAAGAGUGGUUCAUGAAAGCCACGAGCAUGUAAAGAAUCACUGUGAUUUACGUGAGAAACUAGGAGAUAGUAACUUCCACGACAGCCUCAUAGUCCUGUACACUAAGAAAGCCCCACAACUAUCUGCUCAAGAGUUGGUUAUGUUCACGAAGAACAUGGCAGCUGCUGCGACCAAAUGUUGCCCACUGAGUGAUGAGCAACAGUUCAUCUGCAUGGAGGACUCGGUAAAGCUAAUUCUUGGAGCUUUAUGCAGAAGACAUGAGGCCAAGCCUAUCAAUGCUGGUGUGGGUCAUUGCUGCGAUGAUUCGUAUGCCUUCAGGAAGCCAUGCUUCGAUGAUCUGCAAAUUGAUGAAACUUACAUUUCUCCACCUUUAUCCUGUGGCCAAGUCAUCAGCCUUAAAGAGGACUUAUGCAAAGCUCAGGAGGAAGAAUUCCAAACUGAAAAGCAAAAGCUCCUCAGCAACCUUGUGAAGCAGAAGCUACAUGCAACACAGAUGCAGUUCCAAUCAAUUCUUGUGGAUUUCACUCAGCUAGUGGAGAUGUGCUGCCAAGCAGAGAAAAAUGAAAAGUGUUUCCAAGAAGAGGGGUCCAAACUGAUGGAAAAGUGCCAGUCUCUCUUGCAAGGCUAAAUGAGCCUUGAAAAUGUCAAUGUAGGAUCUUUGCCGAGACCUGCAUUUUAUUUUUCAUGAGUAACGAAACACGUCUAAUGUUUAAAAUAAGGGAAGAAUCAACAAAGUUUUUCAGCUACUCACAGUGUUACUCCAGAACACUUGCCAGUCGACACUAAAUCCCCCCAUUCCUACUCAGCAGAGAAAGGUUCUUAUUGUAACCCUGUUUCAACCCACUGUCAUUCUUCCUCUUCCCCCCACGAGCUUUCUGCUUCUCAGAAGCAGCAACAGAAAUAUGAGAUCCAGGGGUAUUUCAAAAGCCUCAGGUAGAUGUAAGGGGCUGCUGCAUCGAACUGGGAACUGGCCACUGGGUUCUGGAAUGACAAAGACCCCAAAUGCCACUUGGGGGUUCUAUCUGUCUAUCUCCUGCUAUUGAAAAUGAUUAUUGAUGAACUGAAUGAAAUAUGCUUUAUACUAAAGUUACCUUCAUAACUGUUUUGCUUUUCAUCUUUACCCUAUGUAUGUGAUGCUGACUUUGGAACCACGGAGUCCUAACAUAUUUAAAUUAAUUUGGGCUUUCAAUGAUGAUUUGUAAUAGCAGUCUUUUCCUUGGAAAUCCUGGCAUAAAUGACAGAAAGCACUUAUCAUUUGGGCUUAUUUUUAUCUUUCUACAUUUUUUUGUGUGUAAUAAAGUAAAAGUAAGCAGUAAUAUUUUAAUGCUUACUAAAUAAAUGAAUUAUUUUGAU